AUGUUCAUCGAGGACAACAACACCAUCCCGUACACGGCCCUGCGCUACACGGCCUCCGAGGCCAACUACGGGGGCCGCGUGACCGACGGCCACGACAGGACGAAUACCAUCAACAACAUAUUGACGGACUUUUACUGCGAAGGCAUCUUGAAGGAUGGCUACAAGUUCUCGGAGUCUGGCAUCUACUAUGCGCCUUCGUUCACGGACGACCGCCAGGGCUACCUGGAGUACAUCCGCAGCCUGCCCAUCAACCAGAUGCCCGAGGCCUUCGGCCUGCACGCGAACGCCAACCUCUCCGCCUCCAUCAAGGAGGCCAUGGAGGUCCUGAGCACGGCCAACUCCAUGCAGCCGAAGGGCGGCGGCAGCGGCGAGGGCGGGAAGACGGCCGACCAGAUCCUCGCGGAGUCGAGUGCCAAGUAUCUGGGUGACCUGCGCGCCCCGUUCGACACCGAGUACUCACAGGCGAUGUACCCGGUGGACUACAACGAGUCCAUGAACACGGUGCUCAACCAGGAGCUCCUCCGGUUCAACAAGCUCCUCGUCCGCGUCCGCGCCACCUUGGUCGACAUCGGCUUGGCGGUGCAGGGGCUCGUGGUGAUGGGCCCCGAGCUCGAGGAGGUCGCCACGGGCAUCCUCCUGAACAAGCAGCCGGACUACUGGAAGAAGGUGUCCUACCCAUCGCUGAAGCCGAUGUCCUCGUAUGUCGCCGACUUCUGCGCGCGGCUGAACUUCUUCACUAACUGGAUCGAGAGCGGCGUACCGGUCACGUUCUGGCUGUCGGGCUUCUACUUCACCCAGUCCUUCCUCACCGGGCAGCUGCAGAACUUCGCACGGAGCCAGAAGCUGCCCAUCGACACGCUCGUGUGGACCUUCCAGGACACGGGGUUCUCAAGAAGUCCAAGACCGAGUUCGAAAAGCCAGAGUAUGGGUGCUUCGUCUACGGAAGGGGCUCUUCAUGGACGGUGCCCGAUGGGACGACGAGACUGGCGUCAUCGCUGA